UAAAAAUGGUUGGACUGAGACCCUCUGACAUCCCCCCUACACCGGCUGUCAAGUUCAUUGGUGCUGGCACAGCUGCAUGCAUAGCAGAUCUCUUUACAUUCCCCCUGGACACAGCAAAAGUCAGACUGCAGAUUCAAGGAGAGUCAGCUGUUAUUGGGGCAGUGAAUGGAAUACGAUACAAGGGUGUGUUUGGAACCAUAAGCACUAUUAUAAAGACAGAGGGACCAAAGAGCCUGUAUAAUGGAUUAGUGGCAGGACUGCAGCGACAAAUGAGUUUUGCCUCCAUUAGAAUUGGGCUAUAUGAUACAGUUAAACUUUUCUACACCAAUGGAAAAGAGAAGGCUGGGAUCGGUAGCAGAAUACUUGCUGGAUGUACGACAGGGGCACUGGCGGUUACUGUGGCUCAGCCCACUGAUGUGGUAAAAGUCAGAUUUCAAGCACAGGUCAAUCUUCGUGGGGUGAAGAAGAGAUACAAUGGUACAUUGGCUGCUUACAAGACCAUUGCCAAGGAAGAAGGGAUGAGAGGACUUUGGAAAGGAACAUUCCCAAAUGUGACAAGAAAUGCUAUUGUCAACUGUACUGAACUUGUAACCUAUGACCUAAUAAAGGAAGCUCUACUGCAGUACAAACUGCUGACAGAUAACCUUCCAUGCCAUUUUGUCUCUGCAUUUGGAGCUGGCUUUUGCACCACUGUUAUUGCUUCUCCUGUGGAUGUAGUAAAAACAAGAUAUAUGAACUCUCCUCCUGGACAGUACAAGUCAGCUAUUAACUGUGCAUGGACUAUGCUUACUAAGGAAGGACCAACAGCAUUUUACAAAGGGUUUGUUCCUUCCUUCUUGCGGUUGGGAUCAUGGAAUGUUGUAAUGUUUGUAUCUUAUGAACAACUGAAAAGGGCUAUGAUGAUGUCCAGGCAGAGAAUGGAGUAUGUGUGAUACCUCACAAAUGAAAUUAUUAUUUAGCACAAAAAAAACAAGAUCACAGAUCACUUUCUGCAAUCCACUGGGAUGGGAGUUCACUAAUACUACUCAUCGCACUUGCAUAUAAUGAAGGAGUAGCUUGUAACCAGUCGAUCAGCUUGUCGUCCAAGGGGAAAAAAAAAAAAAAAAACUUUCCUUUAAAUGGGUAUGAAAACCAGUACGGACUUAUUGGGUAGAUGCCAUUACAGAGUGCUCUAUAGGACUGAUGCAGUUACACGCAAGUAUGUAUCGUGGAUGGAUCUGGUGUUUUUACGCACUGUGCAAGCUCCAGUGCCGGGUGUUCACAUCUACAGGAAAUUCAGAAUCAUAAGCAACACAGCUACACCUCCACUUGUGGCUUAAUAGGCCUAACUGGGUAGUAACAGAGCGGUCACACGUAGGCUAAGUGUACUGUGCGCGUGUCACGUGUGUAUAAACACAACUGUGGGCGACGCAGACACCAGCCUGAAUUGAAAUGCAUCUUUGUCACCAAGUAUAAGGCUGGUGUAAGUGCGGUACAACUCUACAUACAGGCAAAUAUCCGCAUUAUAUUUAGUGUAUGAAAGCACAGCCAACACUGAAUAAUCCCUAUAUUAGCCGCCUGUGCUCUUCAGUGACAAAAUCUUGUGAUGUUAGAAUACUAG